AUGGCUGAUCGAGUGCUUGUGAUUGGCAGUGGAGGGAGAGAACAUGCUCUGGCCUGGAAAUUGGCUCAGUCUCCACACGUAAAACAAGUAUAUGUUGCACCAGGAAACGCAGGAACAGCUGACAAUGGAAAAAUUUCAAAUUCAGCUGUGUUAGUCAGCAAUCAUACUAUUGUUAUCCAGUUCUGCAAAGAUCAUAACAUUGGGCUGGUGUUAGUUGGACAAGAAGCUCUUCUGGCAGCUGGGAUUGUUGAUGACUUGAGAGCAGCUGGAGUUAGAUGUUUUGGGCCAUCUGCAAAAGCAGCCCAGCUGGAGUCCAAUACCAGUUUUGCCAAAGCCUUUCUGGAUCGGCAUGGGAUCCCAACAGCAAGAUGGAAAGCCUUCACCAAUCCUCAAGAAGCUUGCAGGUUUAUUACCAGCACACACUUCCCUGCAAGAGUUGUACGAGCGAGGGGCCCUGCUGCUAGAAAAGAAGUGACUGUUGCAGCCAGCAAAGAGGAAGCCUGCAGAGCUGUGCAAGAGAUUAUGCAGGACAGAACGUUUGGAGAGAUGGUUGUCAUUGAAGAACUUCUUCAAGGGGAAGAACUUUCUUGCCUGUGCUUCACGGAUGGUGUCACUGUUGCCUCAAUGCCCCCAGUCCAGGCCCACAAGCGGUUACUGGAUGGCGACCAGGGUCCAAACACUGGAGGGAUGGGAGCCUAUUGCCCAGUGCCUCAGGUUCCAGAAGUUCUUCUAGAGAAAAUCAGUGAUGCUAUCCUUCAACAUGUUAUUGAUAGUAUGAGACAGGAAGGAACAGCAUAUGUAGGUGUGCUGCAAAUGGGAUUAAUGCUUACCAAAGAUGGUGUGAAAAUUUUAAACUUUAAGUGUCAGUUUGGUGACCCUCAGUGCCAAGUAAUUCUUCCACUGCUUAAAAAUGAUUUUUAUGAAGUGAUUCAAGCAACGAUUGAUGGCAAACUCUGUAGCUUCAUGCCAGCCUGGUCAGAAAAUAGUACAGCUGUGUGUGUGGUCAUGGCAAGUGCAGGAUACCCAGGAGACUAUGACAAAGGCAUGGAGGUAACAGGGCUACUUCAAGCCAAAGAGUUAGGGCUGCAGGUGUUCCAUGCUGGCACAGCGCUGAAGGAUGGCAGAGUGGUGACAAGUGGUGGAAGAGUCCUCUGCAUCACUGCAGUUAAGGAGGAUCUGAUGAAAGCACUGGGAGAAGCCAACAGGGGAGUAGCGGCCAUCCGUUUCAAGGGUGCCACUUACAGGAAGGACAUUGGCCAUCGGGGUAUACGGCUUCUCAAACAGUCCCUGGGUCUAAUAUACAAAGAGAGACGUAUGGGAGCUACAACCAGUGAUGUUUUGGUUCAUCAGCCAGACACAUCAGUUGCAAGUGGUACAAGAUCAGGCAGUCAUUCAGAAGUAAGAGGUUUUGCUGGUUUAUUUGACUUGAAAGCAUCUGGUUACGAUGAUCCUAUCCUGGUAUCUCGAAUUAAAGGCCUUGGACCUAAACUGCAGAUCGCACAGGCAUGUAAGAAACAUGACACCAUAGGUCAGGACCUGGUUGCCAUGUGUGUCAAUGACAUGUUGGCUCAAGGAGCAGAGCCCCUCUUCUUUCUCAACUAUUUCACCUGUGGCAAACUUGAUGUUGAAGUGACUCAAACAAUCACAGGGGGAAUGGCUGAAGCUUGCAAAAAUGCAGGAUGCGCUUUUCUGGGCAGGGAGGUGGCUGAGAUGACUGGCAUGUAUUCUUCUGGAGAGUAUGACCUGGCUGGCUUUGUGGUUGGUGCAGUGGAGCGAGGGCAGAUGCACUUGGGGCUGCAGAGAGCUGAUGAGGAGGAUGUGCUUAUUGGACUGGCCUCCUCCGGGAUUCAUGGCCGUGGCUUUAGCAUCAUACGGAAGAUUCUUUUAAUGUCCUCCUUACGUUACUCCUCUCCAGCAUCUGACGGAUGUGGUGGCAAGACUCUAGGAGAAAUUCUGCUGACUCCAGCAAAAAUGUACAGUCAGUCUCUGCUUCCUGUCCUUCGCUCAGGGCACGUGAAGGCUUUUGCCUUUAUUGCUGAGAAGGGGUUGCUGGAAGGCAUCUCCAGAAUCCUGCCAGAACAUGUCAGUGCGGUCGUUGAUGCUCUCAGUUGGAAGAUUCCUGACAUAUUUUACUGGCUUUACAAAGAGGGAAACCUCUCUGAGGAGGAGAUGGCUCAGACAUUUAAUUGCGGGAUCGGUGCAGUCUUGGUUGUGCAGAAGGAGCUGGCUCAGGAUAUUCUCAAAGAUAUACAGAGGCAUGAGGAAGCCUGGCUGAUCGGGAAAGUUGUUGCCCCUUGUCACACAGGAGGUUGUCGCAUCGAAGUCAAGAAUCUUCUUGAAGCUCUGCAGCUGACCAGCCCGCAGUGUCUGCUGAGUAAUGCUGAUGUAGAGAGUGCCUACUACCCCAGAAAGAAAAAAGUUAAAGUAGCUGUUCUCAUUUCUGGAACAGGCACAAACCUUGCAGCGCUCAUCAGUUAUGCAAAAGAACCAGGCAGUUUUGCUGAAGUUGUCCUUGUCAUCUCCAACAAGUCUGGGGUAGAAGAACUACGAAACGCAGCCCGGGCUGGAAUUCCCACCAGGGUGAUUGAUCAUAAGUUGUAUGGGAGCCGCUCUGAAUUUGACAGCACAAUUGACCGGGUUCUUGAAGAAUUCUCUGUUGAACUGAUAUGUCUUUCAGGAUUUAUGAGAAUUUUGUCCAGUCCUUUUCUCAGAAAAUGGAAAGGGAAAAUUUUGAAUGCUUCCCCAUCGCUUUUCCCACUAAACAAAGGUGGAAAUGCCCAUCAGCAAGCCCUGCAAAUGGGCCUCAAAGUCACAGGCUGCGCAGUGCAUUUUGUCCUGGAGGAAUCUAGUCCAAAAGCAGUGAUCCACCAGGAGCCAGUGUCUGUGAAGGCAGAUGACACCGAGGAGACACUGUCAGAAAAGGUUAAAGAAGCUGAGUGCCGGGCUUUUCCUAUUGCCUUGCAGCUGGUGGCCAGUGGAGCAGUGCAGUUAGGCGCUGAUGGUAAAACCUGCUGGAAACAAGGGGGCCAAAGUUUGCGUCUCCAGGAAGAGAAGAGAGGCUGCGCUUCCUCUCUUGUCACUCCAGAGCCACGAGACGGAAACGUGGUGUAG